CUACAGUCUGCCUCAAGCUUCCAUAGUGUGAGGACGGCCGCGAGGUGUCGAGAAGAUGGAUUCCCCGAACUCUCCACCCUGCGAGAUCCCUGUGGUCGACUUCGGAGGAUUAAUAGGGACGAAGGGGGUCGCUAGUGAGGCCGAGUGGCAGAGGGUUGGCAAGGAGCUUCACGAUGCCUUGUCCGGCGUUGGGUUCGUCUACCUGUCCAACCACGGCGUUACUGAUGAGCAGAUCAGCAACCUUUUCAACACCUCAGCAUCCUUCUUCAGCCUCCCCGAGCAGACCAAAGCAUCCUAUGAGUCUGACGUGGAGAGUCAACACGGCUACAACAGCAUCGGGAGGGAAGAGUUGGACGCGGCCAAGAGUCUCCUGGAGCUCCGGGAGUCUUUCUAUAUGAAGAACAUGGAUGGCGCCUUUCCCGACGCCGAGGUGCCACUGCUGAGACCCGCCGCGGCAGCCUUCGUGGCCUCCAGCACCGCCUUGGCCCAACGCGUCCUUACCGCCCUUGCCCUUGGCCUUGGCCUGGAGCGGGACUUCUUCACGUCCACACAUCAGUACAUCUGCAACCGCUCUCCUGAUGCCAAUUCCUCCGUGCUCAGGAUCAACCACUACCCCCCGCUGGCCGCCGCUGUGCCCGAGAACGCCAUCCGCUGCGGGGCUCACACAGACUACGGCUCCAUAACGCUGCUCUUCCAAGACUCAAUGGGCGGCUUACAGGUGCGAGGCAAUGCCGGGGAGUGGGUGCACGCCAGACCCAUCCCAGGCACUGUUUUGGUCAACGCUGGGGAUUUGCUGCAGAUAUGGACGGCGAACAGAUUGAAGGCCACGGAGCACCGCGUGAUCAUCCCUAAGGAGGAAACACGUCUGCGAGCCUCGCGCCUCUCCGCCGCCUUCUUCGUGCAUCCCGACAACGAGGUGGUGGUGCGGCCCAUCGACGGCGCCUCCUCUCCGCCGCCCAUCAAGGCCCGCCAGCACCUCCUCAACAUGUACGCCAAGACUUACAAGUACUGACACAUGAAUACGGAGUGUCAAACCUCAAGAACAGUCCGGAAGAGAAGAGGGGCAGGAAUAUAAGAAGAGACUAGUCAUCUAAAGCGUGUUCAGGAAAAGCAUUACAAGAGGAGCAGGAGUUGAA